UGUCUCCUGCAGCUGAAGCCCGGCGGCGGGCUGCGCUACCAGAAACUAACGAGCGACGACGACGAGUCCGAAGAGUCGGACAACGCUCCGCUGCUGAGAGACGGGAAGAAGACGCCGGACGCCAAGCUGCCGGUUAGCGGCUCGCUGGCGCUGAAGGGGAAGGACUUCCUGUCGGACGCCACGUUGGACAAGAAGGACUCGUCUGACUCUGGCGUGCGGUCCAACGAGUCCUCGCCAAACCACUCGCUGCAGGACGAGGAGGCGGAGCUGUCGCAGCAGUACGACGGCGUGAAGCGGGGAAUUCCCAGCAGCCUCAGCGGCCUGCAGGACGCCACCGUGGCCCGUAUGUCCAUCUGCAGUGAGGACCAGUGCAGCCUGCUCGCUAGCAGCCCCGAAGAGAGCUGGCCCGCCGCCAGAACCUUCAACCUGAACCGCACGCCCAGCAACGUCACGCUCAACAACAACACCAACGCCACGCAGGGCGGACGCCAACGUACGCCACCGGAGGGCUCCACCGCCCAACACCCCAGUGAUGUCAUCAUCUCGCCGAGCACGGGCACGUCCGGCAUGACGCCCGGUGGCGGUGGCGGGGCCACGCGGCCGGGGCCGAACAACGAGAACGUGCGCGUGGUUCACCUGAAGAGAGGCCUGAAGCCCGGCGACCCCCCCGAGAUCUGCACCGUGUCCUCAGACACCGUCACCUUCGGCGAGGAGCGGGAGAGCAUCCUGUGACAUCACCGCGUGACCUCAUAGUGUGACAUCACAGCGUGACAUCAUAAGUGUGACAUCACAGUGAAAAUUUAAGAGAGAGAGCACUGAGGGGUCUGCUGGGAGCCGCUCGAAACCUGUUCCACUUACAAGCGUAAAAAGUAAAAGUCUGACAAAUAGAGAAAAACGUCAGCUGCCGAUUGGCUGAAAUUUGAAAAUAUAUAUAUUGAUGAUUUUGGAUUUUAAAGGGUAACUUUGUUUCCGUCUGACAACAUUAUGGGAUGGAUCCCUAC